AUGAAUACAAACCCUUCUUCGUUUUCAAAAGGAAUGAGUUGGCUGACGGAAUCAACUCUGAAUCAACCGAGCAUACAGACCAAUGCUCUUUCAUCAUCCAUGUUUCAGAAUAUGACCGCUAGUAGUAAUAAUAUGGAGAAUGCUCGGUUAACAUCUCCGACAAGACACAAUCUAAAUUCGUUAAUGACCCUUUCAACUUCUCCAUCAUCAGCCUCGUCAUCGAAUAAAACAGGGCAUUCUUUAGCAGAUCAAACAUUAGGAUCAGACUUGGUGAAUACCGGUAGUAAUAAUGUUUCCUUUGGUGAGGACUAUGAUGAAGUAAGGUCCACGAUUAGCAACGAGUCGACAUCCAGUCGAUUCAGCUCGUCAUCGGCACGAAAUCGGGAUUUACAAAAAUUAUUGAUGAACACCAACAGCACAGCGGCCAACAACUCAUCGAAUCGAUAUGCUGAUGUGACUCAGUCAGCAUCUAUCGAUAGUACAACUCUCUCUUGGGAUGAAGUACAAAAUGUUAUGAAAACAGGUUCUGUGGAGAAGGAGAUGGAACAAAUGAAAGAAAAAAUUGAUCACUUGCAACGAAAUAAUUUAACGUUAUCACAAUCUUUAUAUUCUACGAACAAAGAACACUUGCUGUUACUUAAUACGUUGAAAGAGAAAAUUCAUGAAGUAUUUCCGAAUAUUUUGAUUGAAAACCAAAAGCUGAAGGAACAAGUGAAAGAGUUGACAAGUCACGUAUUUAAUCUAGAGAAACAACUUGAAAAGGUGAAAAUUGACCAUGAAAAUACCAGAAUAACAUUAGAACAUAAGAUUGACGAGCUCAAAAGAGAAAUGGAUAGCUUAAAAACUAAGAAAGUUCAAACAAAAUACGAACGGAUAGAAGAAUUGAUCAAUGCAUGCAUCAAACCAAUUGAACAAACUCUUAAAAACAACAACAUUGCUGUGAAGCGAUGCUCUGAUGACAUUUAUCAACUAGGACAAUUUAAACUGAAUGUAAAUUUGGAAAAGAGAGGAGAGAACGACAUUGUAGUAGUACACUUGAGCGACAAAACGAUACCAUUCGAAGACUUUUUACGAACCUUUUGCAGCAAAUUCGUCAUGAAAUAG